AAUGUAUUAAAUAUAAACCAGCUCCUAAAAAUAUUUACUAUUAGCUUAGCUGUGAGUAAACUUGCGGUUUAAAUAAAACGUGUUCACGGGUGUAAAAAAGUAAAAUAAUAAAUUCUAAAUUAAUUUCAGACUAUAUGCGUGACACAUUUGUUUACAAUUUUGUAUUAGCAGCGUUAGUUAGCCUCCUGGGGUUAUCUUUUGUGUCAUGGUUGCCCCUAGCAACGCACUUUAUGCAGUGCUUCCGGAUGAGCGUUUGUUUGGGUUUUAGAUGCGGAUAAAACAUAUUAGCGUCUUUCCUUCCAUGGUUGCAAGUUUAGAAUAAUUUGGACCUUCUAUACUUCUGAUAUACUUAUGUAGGUCAAUGGUAAGAUGGGAAGAUCUUAAAGGAGCAAAACACAGAAAAGGCACCUUAAAAUGCCACGCAGCAGCUGGGAAUAAUGAUGUUCAGUAAAUGAGACUUUAGUAUGAGUCCAGCAUCAACAGCGCCUGCAUCGCACCCAGACAGAGGUUUGGACAUGAGUUUGCGGCUGGGAAGUGAUUAUGAAAAAAACAAGCAGAAACUUCUACAGGAGCUGCAACUGGACAACAAAGAUUGUGUUGCUAAGAUAUAUAAUUUCAGAAAUUGUGAGCCCCAGGUGCUGGAGCACCAGGGUCUUUCCUUACCCAUCAACGAGAGAGCAUCAAUAAAGGGCAGACUACGAGAAGAGAGGAAAAAAGAAUACAACAUCUUCCUCCAGGAGCAAGCUCAGAAGAGAAGGUCCAAGAGAGGAACACCUCCGAUCUCCUCAAAGGCUUCGCAAGGCUCUCCUUCGCCCUUCCUCAGUACUCAAACAAACUCACCUCCUCCACCUCUUCACAAGGAGCAAUCUGCAUCCUGUAGAGAUGCUGCCACUCUGACUGAAGGAGGAUGUUGUAGAAGACAAAGGAGAUGGCAACUCCGUAAGUCAGAAAAGCUUAAUGAGGAAACAAGCUCAGAAGAAGAUGAGGAGGACUUUGAUUUCAGAUAUAGGAGGAGGCAUGAUAAGGAGCACAAGAAGAAGAAGAAAACAAGGAAACCCAGAAUGAACAGCUUUAAAUGCAGAGCUGUGCAGGACUUGGAGGAGAUAAAGACCUCAGCACCACAUGAUCCAAGCAACACCGAUGGGAUCUUAAAGUCGCACACAAAAGAAACUCCAGACGAGAUGAGAACAGCUGUAAGAUCAACAUCUGCUACCAGGAAGGAUGAGGCUGAGUUUGCAACUGGACUCAUAAUUGGAGCAGCAGAAGAUCGGACGGUGACCCAGAUGAAAAAAGAGCAGUACAAGCAGGAGCUGCUUCUACAAAUGGCUGAACAAAAGGGAAACAAGCUAAAAGAGAAGAGGCUUGAGCUAAAGGUGGCUGCUACUGGUGCCACAGACCCAGAGAAACAGCCUGAACGAAUCCAGCAGUUUGGAGCUGCGUGUCAGCAGCAUGAAAACCUGAGACGGGAUGUUCCUCACAGGUCUGGAACACAUCUGGAUGUCACGAGGAGAGACUGUAAUCCAAGAUGGGGAGAUGAAAAGCCUCGUGAGAACACGGGGAGUAACAGAGCUCCUCGAGGGUGUUCCCAGGUGGACUUUGGCUCAGCGUUCAGUCAGCAGCCGGGGAACGCUGUGCCUGGUUUUAGGAUGCGGAAAACUCCAGGAGGCGCACCGUUUGACUAUUUUAACCAGGAUUAUCACGGGAAUGUCACAAGAACACCAGACGUGAUCGUCCCAAGAAGCGCUCCCGUUCUUCUUCCUGUUAUUCCAGACGCCAUCCACGAUCCAUAUGAUGCAUCUCAUCACUAUGGCAACAGGAACUCAUUUGAUUCUCAUCCGCCCCAAAAUCAGAAUAAUCUGCUCUAUGAGGCUGAGCAGCCUGGGACUUUUGACAUUACUUCCCAAAUGCAGCCACUUCCUGUCAGCGCCAAUGAAGAGUUUCCUUUUGCUGCCGAAGGGCUUCACGUGGACCGGCCCAAUCCGAGGAGAGAGAGUGUCCUGAGCUACCAAGAAGCACUCAAGCAGCAGAUCAAAGAAAGAGAGGAGCAGAAAAGAAGAGAGGAGGAGCGAUAUGCAAAGUUGGAGGCUGCGAUGAUGGCCUACGACCCCUGGGGAAGGGGUGGAGGAGGGGCUCCUAUUGUAGACCAAAAUGGAGACCUUGUUAGUGACCUCAGACAAAUGCACCGGAUCAAUAAUAACAAAAUGUCAGCUGCAAAUGAAGCCGAGGUUCCUUUUUCUCACCGACUUGCAGACUCUAGUCAUCCUUCACCAUCGCAGCAGCUCUCCGCCAAGGAGAGGUACAAGGAGGAGCUGAAGCGCCAGAUAGAAGAACAGAAGAGAAGGCAGGCAGAGGAGCGGGAGAAGAUCAGGAUUAGAGAGGAGAAAGAGGAGGAGAAGCUGGCCAAGGAGAGGGCUCGCAUGCAGCAGCAAUACGAAGAGGAGCAAAGGAGACAGCGGGAAGCUCAGGAAAACUUGCGGAACAUGAUGACCCAGGAAGCCACGACUCCUCACAAAGCGGAGGUCAAGAGAACCUCAAAAGAGAGAGUGCCUGAGAGUGCCAAGGAGGAAAAGGAGAAGACCUCACAUCAGACUUAUGAGGCGCAGCAAUCCUUGCAGAGAGAGCCGUCUCCUCCGAUUCCAACGUUGCUUCUUCUGCCGUCAAGGCCUUCGACUGAGAUCAACCAACACUCUUCCAGAGCUGGCCGCUCUGUGUCAGCCCCACAUGUCCAACGAGCUACAUCCAAAGUCCCAACACUUUACGAUGGCCAGCAGGAAGUGAUCAGAGAGCUUUCAGCUCUCCGUAACUGUCUGAGGAAAAAGCAGAAUCAGCUGGAGCUUCAGAUGAAUCGGACAGCGAUCGCCCACCCUCACCUGGACAGAAGACCACCCAGGAUGGAUGCCUUUGAAUUUGUGAAGGAUGAGAGUCAUCCUCGUGACUCUAGAAGAGCUGAAAAACAAAAGCAGAGCGAGUUUAAUCCAUCUAAACAAGGAGGUGAACUCCGGGUCUACCAGCAGGGAGCAACGCGACCCACAGAGGAGCGAUGCGAGAGGACGGCACCGAGGAGGGAGCGAGCCUACGAGGAAUGCUCCUGAUGAGUACAAUAAUACUUUAAGAGUCAAACACAGAUUAGUCACGGAUCUCGUCGUGUUUUAAACAGGAGCUUUCUACAGAGGAGCGAGGUCAGAACCAUCAACCACCAAAAGCCACAAACCAGCCUGGCUUUUGUGAUCCCAGCAGAUCAGCAAGGCUGGGUGUCCCGUCUGCACGCUUCACCUGCAGGAGGCCCGUCUCCAUGGAAACCGUCUCCACUGAGCCCUGGCCACACUCCGGAACAUCAGACACCGUAAAACAUGUGACGCACAGACAGAAACCAGGCAUCAGGUCGGGCGCUUUACCCUGGCUGACGCAGCGAGUCACCUAAGCGUCUAAAGGCGCUUCCACUCAAAACUAAAACAUCCUUACUUUAUCUUAAAACACUUUUUUUGUUAGUUUUUUACUUGUUUGUAGCAGAUAAAUCCUGUCAGAUUGUUCUAUUAAAAACAUUAAACGUUCAUUUUUUUCACGAAUAUCCCGACUGAUCAUUAGGAGACGAAGCUGCUCAUUUCAAAUCGACCAAGUUCAAAAACUUUAUUGACCUAGAACCUGAUUAGAAUGCCAGACGACGCAUCGUACAGAAAGUUGUACAUAAUCUUUUGCGACAUAGAAAACUUUACAUUGCUGUAUCAUAUACAUUGUGUUUUCUACAUCCGUGAGCAGGAGUGCGUCCCAUUCAUACGUUAAAGCACAGCUAACACCUUCUCAUCUUCUCUGCUGCUCAGACAAACAAAAACAUUAAAUAUAUUAUUUUGAUUUUGUACAAGAGUGAAAGCUAAACGGAAAAGUGACUCCAAAAGCAGCUAGCAUCAGUUUGCUCCCUCGUCUUCCAGUUUCCAAAGCAAAGUUACGUCUAAAAACCUAAGAACACAUAAAAUGGAAUAAUUUAACCCUUCACUUUCCACCGUCUGCUUCCGUGACAAAACAUACGGAGGUGGUGCAGUCAAAUAAAUUAUAAACAAACAAAAAAAAAGAAA